CAAACUGCUGCUACUUCUACUAUUCUCGCUUCCCUAUGCACAAAUUAGGUAACUCAGCAAAGGGGAUUCCUCCUACGACGUCGUUUCAUGCCUACUCGUUUCGGUUUUUGGACACAAUUAUUUGGUCGUUUCUCCUCGUUGGCAUAGAACCAGUACACUACAACCUUGGAAAAUGAUCCCGUGUUUUUCUCGUACACUCUUUUAAUUUUAAUCCCUCACUCUUUCUCUUUGAAGCCCAAACACACAAAUUAAAUCAGGAUGUUUCAGUAAUUUUCCAUGAUAAUUCCAGCUUUCAGAGUUUAACCUCCCCAGAUUCUUAGAUUCCCAGAGGAAAUUUUGUCCGCGCUGUGAUUCUUAAUUAAUUACCCCUUCUUCCUUUUUUCCUUGUCUUUGGUGCUUGGAUUCUUAGAAAAAUACUCUGAAAACCCAAAAGAAGAUGCAGCUGCAGCUGCAGCGCCAAAAGAAAAAGCGAGAAAAAGAGUUUCUCUUUCUCUUUUGAGUCUUCUCUCUCUCUCUCUCUCUCUCUCUCUCUCUCUCACACACACACACACACACACACACACACAACACACACACUCUGAGCCUAUUGCUUUCACUUUGUGAAAGAAAGCGUUGUUUGUUUAACGACAUCACCACCUUCGACCCUUCCCUUUCUAACGUUGUUGUUUCCAAGAAGCCAAGCAUUCGCUUUAGGGAGAAACAAACACCCUCUUUUAUACGCUUUCUUCUCAUUUCAUUUCUCAUGUGCUUCAACGUUUAUUCUUAUCGGCUGCUGUUGAUACUGUUUGCCUAGUCCCUUUUCCUUCAACGUUUCUUCAUGUCGGACUCCGCCAAGGUGCGAUUGGUCCGUUGCCCAAAGUGUCAAAACCUUCUUCCCGAACUCGCCGAUUACUCUGUUUAUCAAUGUGGUGGUUGUGGUGCGGUUCUUCGAGCGAAACAUAAGGGUUAUGUGAGUGGUAGCUUGUCGGAUGACGGGAAGGUUGAAGUUGGAGGAGAUUCUGGUAAAUCGGAAAGUUCAUUGGAGAAGGGCUUAGUGGAUCGCAGUGAUGCUUCGGACAUUGAUGCUAAGUCCAGUAAUGGUCCCUCAAGGGACGAAAUUCAAAGGGAAGUGGAUAAAGUAGAUAACAUGGAGGAGAAAUUUCUGAAUCAACCAGAGGGUAUUAUUGAGAAAGGGGUAUUUGAUGAUGGUGUUGAUGUCAAUGGUAGCAAAGAUGAAGCGGGUAAAUCAAUAGGAAGAGAACAGGAUGAACCACACAAGUCUCGAAUUAGUCGUGAGAAUGGGUCUAAAUUCUCUGGGAGAAUUUUUAAUAUGCAGAAUGGAGAGAGAGGUGAGAUGGAGGGGUUUUGGAGAAAGCCACGAACUGAGAUGGAAAGUGUGAGAUUUUCCACCUCGAAGUAUCCUGAUGAAGGACCUUCGAAUGGCUUUUCUAGUAAUUAUAUGGGAUCGUGGAGGAAUCGCAACGAAGCAGAUGGUGCAGACAUGGUUCAGCACCUUGAGCAGGAUCGAGCUGAGCUUCUAAGGAAGCUAGAUGAGUUGAAGGUCCACCUUAGUAAGUCUUCUGAAUUGGUAAACAACCAAAAGGAAAAGAUUAUUCCUGAUGAAAGGACGAUUCCUCCGGAUCCUCAUCCCUACGGUGGCUCCGAUCCUUGGUUUUCAGAUGGAUCAUCUGGGUUGAAUAGAACUUCAAGGCAAUUUUAUGGCACUGAUAAGCACGUGGCAGGCUCCACUCAUUUCAGUUAUCAUCAUCAUGAUUCGUAUCCUUAUGCCAGGGGUCAUGACAUGGCUAUGCCCAACAUCCCUCCUUCAAUGCAUAAUCCAAAUCGAUAUGGGGAUCCUUUUGCAUCCCAAAUGCUGAGGGGAGGUCAACACCAGUUCCCAAAACAACCAUUGCAUCCCUACUAUACAGGACGGUAUGUUGAUACUAAUCCAGAUUCAUAUGAACUAUACUCACAUAAUAAUUCAAUGCUUCAUCCACCUUCUUGCUCAUGUUUCCAUUGUUAUGAUAACAAACGAAGAGGUUCCGUGCCAGCACCACCCACUUCAUUCAUUAACAGCAGAUUCCCUGAUAUUCCAAAUGAUCCUAUGUUAUAUCAUCAUGACCUCCCAGGGGCAUUUGGUCCCCAAGUUCAUAAUUCUAGAACAGCCAUUCCUCCUGGGACUUAUCGUGAGAGCCAAUUACAUGCAAGAUGGGGUAAUGAUUUCAACUCUGAGAUGGGUAGUUUUGUUCGAACUCGUCCUCGCAAAGUAAUGUUAGCUACUAGUAGCCAGCGUUGCUAUCCUUUAGCUGGCGGUUCACCCUUCAUCUCAUGUCAUAAUUGCUCUGAGUUGCUGUUACUGCCUAAAAAAGCAUUGGUUCUGGUGAAAAAUCGUCGGCAGAAAGUGCAAUGUGGGGCUUGUUCCUCAGAAAUAAGCUUUUCUGUCAUCAACAACAAGUUGAUUAUUUCUCCUAAUUUAGAAACAAAGGGAGUUCCCUCUAGAGGUGAUAACAGCUCUAAUGAGGUUGGGAGUAGCCGUAUGUCACAUUCCCGAGUUCAUGCCAACAGGACUGGUGCUAACUUUUCAUCCGAUGAUUAUUCUGGUUAUGAUUUUCAUUCUGUAGACAGGGAACCUCUCUCUAUGGGUGCUUUGAACUCUAACAAGUCCCUGGAGAUGCCAAGUUUCCGUUCUUCAUCUCUCAGUACCUCUGAAGAUGAAAAUAGUCCGGAAGCAAUGAUUGAUCCAAGGGACGCCACCAAGUCCAUUCAUCGGCCAACUACAGAUUCUCUAUCUCCUCCUGCUGGUUCGCCUCUACAAGAGUAUUUUGAUUACUCCAAUAAUAACCAUGCAGUAAAUCGGUUUGGAAAAGGAAACCAAAGCAGUCGGUCAGAGCAAGAGAAGACAAAAGUGGACAAGAUGUCAUCACGUCAAAAUUCAUUGAAAGAGGCUGCACUUGCAACCGAGAUGGAUGUCCAUGAUUAUUCAAACACAGGUGUUUCCCAGGAUUCCGGAUAUGCUAGCCGAGAACAUGAUCAUCCAAAAUCCAACAAAGGGGGUGAAUCGUUUUUUGCAAACAUUAUCAAAAAAAGCUUCCGAGACUUCUCGCGGUCUAAUCAUACAGAUGAUCGUAGUAAAAUCAGCGUUACUGUAAACGGGCAGCCAUUAUCUGAUCGUGUUGUCAAGAAGGCUGAAAAGCUAGCAGGAACAAUCCAGCCUGGAAAUUAUUGGUAUGAUUUUCGGGCUGGAUUUUGGGGUGUCUUGGGAGGGCCUUGUCUUGGAAUAAUUCCUCCAUUUAUAGACGAGUUCAAUCAUCCCUUGCCAAAACAAUGUUCUGGUGGGGGUACUGGUGUUUUUGUAAACGGUAGGGAACUUCACCCGAAAGACUUGGAUUUGCUAGCAGGGAGAGGACUUCCCACAGAUAGAGAUAGAUCAUAUAUCAUUGAAAUUUCUGGGAGAGUCCUGGAUGAAGACACAGGAGAAGAGCUGGACAGCCUUGGCAAACUUGCACCAACAGAUGAUAUGUUUUUACUGAUUUGCUAAAACACCAUUUUCAUCAUUUUCACUAGCAACUCAAAUGUUCACAGUUGCCUGUGAUCUUGAGCCCUAGAUUGGAAACAGGUUUCCCAAGAUACACAUUUUGACUUGGCAAUUAUUGCAAGAUGGUUUUUAGGUUAGAAAUAGAACAAUCAGAAUCUUGCCAAUCAUUAUAGGUUUACCAAGGGUGAGAGGCAUGGUUUUACAGCAGGCGCAGCUGAUAGUUGGUGAAUCAUAUUGUAGUUCUGUGAAAGGGAUAUAAUAUACUUUUUUUUUUCUGUGUUUUCGUUGUUCACUAUUUUAUUUAUCAAAUUUUUUUUUUGGUCAAAAUGAAGAUAAUAAGACAGCUGAAGAGUUGGGUAUUUUCUGGUACUAGUGAUCUUAGGGUACACUUCUGAUGUUUUGUCAUUUUUUUUUCUCAUCGAAGAGGGGUGUAGCGGGUUGCACCCAAUUCUCUGACAGUAAUAUUCCUUUCUUUUUUGGAUUGGGUUGAAAUUAGACUAAACUCAACUCGGGCCACUUACACCUCAAUUAAGCAUACAUGACCAUGUACUAAAUUUAUACCAAUCAAAUGUUAGCAUGACAUAGAAUAAUUAGAAACAACAUCCGAAAUGUAAAAUAUCAAGUCAAAGGAUUAAAAGAUGCUGAAUUUAAAGCCUGAUGGCUUCUGUAGAAACGUACAAAUUCACGUGGACAACAGGCAAGCAAAUCUGCGGAUGCUUCACUUCUCAAUUUUAUGCCCCAAAUUGAUUAUUCUUUCUUUCUCCGUACAUUGUCCGAACUUAAGUCCACAUGAUUGUAUUUACUUCACUUCCCACUAUAAUUCCAGCAUUUGACUUUUUAUACAUUUGUUCAUAUUGCAUUAAAUUUUAUUUAUCAUGAAGGACAUUCAUUUUGCUUGGGCU